GGCCCCAGCGAGGGGCUCUGGGCUCUGCGCUCUGCGCUCCGCCGCCUCCAUGGAGCGCCGGCCGCGCCGCCUCUGAUGCCCGGCCCGGCGCGCACCAUGGGGCCGCUGUGGCUCUGCUGCCUGCCCCUCGCCCUCCUGCCCCUGCUCGCCGCCGUGGAAGAGACACUGAUGGACUCCACCACGGCGACAGCAGAGCUGGGCUGGACGGUGCAUCCUCCCUCAGGGUGGGAAGAGGUGAGUGGGUACGAUGAGAACAUGAACACCAUCCGCACCUACCAGGUGUGCAACGUCUUUGAGUCCAGCCAGAACAACUGGCUCCGCACCAAGUACAUCCGCAGGCGAGGAGCACACCGCAUCCACGUGGAGAUGAAAUUCUCUGUCCGGGACUGCAGCAGCAUCCCAAAUGUCCCAGGCUCCUGUAAGGAGACUUUUAACCUGUACUAUUUCGAGUCAGACUUGGACUCGGCCACCAAGACUUUUCCUAACUGGAUGGAGAAUCCUUGGAUGAAGGUGGACACGAUUGCUGCUGACGAGAGCUUCUCACAGGUGGACUUAGGUGGACGGGUGAUGAAGAUCAACACUGAGGUGCGCAGUUUUGGGCCCGUCUCCAAGAAUGGUUUCUAUCUGGCCUUCCAGGACUAUGGGGGCUGCAUGUCCCUGAUUGCCGUCCGUGUCUUCUACCGCAAAUGUCCCCGUGUGAUCCAGAACGGGGCCGUCUUCCAAGAAACCCUGUCAGGAGCAGAGAGCACCUCGCUGGUGGCAGCCAGGGGCACGUGCAUUGCCAAUGCUGAGGAGGUGGACGUGCCCAUCAAGCUGUACUGCAACGGUGAUGGCGAGUGGCUGGUGCCCAUUGGCCGCUGCAUGUGCCGGGCUGGCUACGAGUCCGUGGAGAAUGGGACCAUCUGCAGAGGCUGUCCCUCGGGAACAUUCAAGGCCAGCCAGGGGGAUGAAGGGUGUGUCCACUGCCCCAUCAACAGCCGGACAACCUCGGAAGGGGCCACAAAUUGCGUGUGCCGGAAUGGAUAUUACCGGGCAGACGCCGACCCCGUGGACAUGCCGUGCACCACCAUCCCGUCGGCCCCGCAGGCCGUGAUCUCCAGCGUGAACGAGACAUCGCUGAUGCUGGAGUGGAGCCCCCCGCGGGACUCGGGGGGCCGCGAGGACCUGGUGUACAACAUCAUCUGCAAGAGCUGCGGGGCCGGCCGCGGGGCCUGCACGCGCUGCGGGGAUAACGUGCAGUUCGCCCCGCGCCAGCUGGGCCUCACUGAGCCCCGCAUCUACAUCAGCGACCUGCUGGCUCACACCCAGUACACCUUCGAGAUCCAGGCCGUCAACGGCGUCACCGACCAGAGCCCCUUCUCCCCGCAGUUCGCCUCUGUGAACAUCACCACCAACCAGGCCGCCCCUUCUGCCGUGUCCAUCAUGCACCAGGUGAGCCGCACCGUGGACAGCAUCACCCUGUCCUGGUCCCAGCCCGACCAGCCAAAUGGAGUCAUCCUGGACUAUGAGCUGCAGUACUACGAGAAGGAUCUGAGCGAGUUGAACUCUACCACAGUGAAGAGCCCCACCAACACUGUGGCAGUGCAGAACCUCAAGGCAGGCACCAUCUACGUGUUCCAGGUGCGGGCACGCACCGUGGCCGGCUACGGCCGCUACAGUGGGAAGAUGUAUUUCCAGACCAUGACUGAAGCCGAGUACCAGACCAGUGUGCAGGAGAAGCUGCCGCUCAUCAUCGGCUCCUCAGCAGCGGGGCUGGUGUUCCUCAUCGCUGUGGUGGUCAUCGGCAUCGUGUGCAACAGAAGACGGGGCUUCGAGCGGGCUGACUCGGAGUACACGGACAAGCUGCAGCACUACACCAGUGGCCACAGUACGUACCGGGGGCCCCCCCCGGCCGUGGGGGGCCACUCGCUGCUCGUGACUCCAGGCAUGAAGAUUUAUAUCGAUCCUUUCACCUACGAAGAUCCCAAUGAGGCUGUCAGGGAAUUUGCAAAAGAAAUUGAUAUCUCUUGUGUCAAAAUCGAGCAGGUGAUUGGGGCAGGGGAGUUUGGUGAGGUGUGCAGUGGGCAUCUCAAGCUUCCAGGCAAAAGGGAGAUCUUUGUGGCCAUCAAGACCCUCAAGUCUGGCUACACGGAGAAGCAGAGACGGGACUUCCUGAGUGAGGCCAGCAUCAUGGGGCAGUUUGACCACCCCAACGUCAUCCACCUGGAGGGGGUGGUCACCAAGAGCUCUCCAGUCAUGAUCAUCACUGAGUUCAUGGAGAAUGGCUCACUGGACUCCUUCUUGCGGCAAAACGAUGGGCAGUUCACGGUGAUCCAGCUGGUGGGGAUGCUGCGGGGCAUCGCCGCGGGCAUGAAGUACCUGGCAGACAUGAACUACGUGCACCGGGACCUGGCCGCCCGCAACAUCCUGGUCAACAGCAACCUGGUGUGCAAGGUGUCUGACUUCGGCCUCUCCCGCUUCCUGGAGGACGACACCUCCGACCCCACCUACACCAGUGCUCUGGGUGGGAAGAUCCCGAUCCGAUGGACGGCACCUGAGGCCAUUCAGUACCGAAAGUUCACCUCAGCCAGUGAUGUGUGGAGCUAUGGAAUAGUCAUGUGGGAGGUGAUGUCCUACGGAGAGCGGCCCUACUGGGACAUGACCAACCAGGAUGUGAUAAAUGCCAUUGAGCAGGACUAUCGGCUGCCACCACCCAUGGACUGCCCAAAUGCCCUUCACCAGCUGAUGCUUGACUGUUGGCAGAAGGAUCGGAACCACAGGCCCAAAUUUGGGCAAAUUGUCAACACCUUAGAUAAAAUGAUCCGAAAUCCAAACAGCCUGAAAGCCAUGGCACCUCUCUCCUCUGGGAUGAACCUCCCCCUCCUUGACCGCACAAUCCCAGAUUACACCAGCUUCAACACUGUGGAUGAAUGGCUGGAUGCCAUCAAGAUGAGCCAGUACAAGGAGAGCUUUGCCAGUGCUGGUUUCACCACCUUUGAUGUAGUAUCUCAGAUGACUGUAGAGGACAUUCUGCGAGUUGGGGUCACUUUAGCAGGACACCAGAAGAAAAUUCUGAACAGUAUCCAGGUGAUGAGAGCACAGAUGAACCAAAUCCAGUCUGUGGAGGUUUGAUAGCUGCCUGGCCUCCUGCUCCUCCUCCUCGAGGCCCUGCUCCCCUUUGCCCCUGUAUGUCCAAGCUCCAGUUCCUGAGUGUUCUGCAUGGACCAGAGACAGGCAGCUGCUCUGAGGAUCACGGCAGCAUGAGGGAACACCCUGUCCUCAACAAUGAGAAGUUGCCAAGAGCUUCUAGAAUUUAAGCAAUGGAAAAAGGGAACAAAAAAAAAGACAACUAUUUUGAAAAAAAAACAAAAAACGAACAAACUACAAAAUAUUUUUAAAUAAUAAUAAAGCAAUUGCAUUCUUGAAAAGGGCUCCAAGACCAAUGGGAGUCUCCAAAGGAAGAGAAAAGAGCAGCUUCAUGUUUCCUCUUGCACAAGGCUGCUGCAGCUGGAGCCAGGCACCUCUGGAGCAGUGGGGCUUCUCCAGGAAGAGGAAUGCAAGGAAAGUCCACGAGAAGCACAUCUCUUCCUCCCGUGGGCUCUGGGAAUGCCGUGAGCCAGGCCCUUCCCCAGAGCCCCUGUGAGCAGAUCAGACAGGGAGAGCUGAAGCUCUUUGGUGCUGUGAAACCAAGUGCAUCUCAGAAACUGACGGACUCCCUUCAAAAGCUGAAGACUUUUUUUUUAAAAAAAAAAAAAAAAAAAGAAACCACAACAAAUAAACUAAGACUAGAGGAGGCUGUUUCCGACAAAUGAGAAGGAAUCUGUAACGCCUGGGGGGGUGGGGAUGGGGAAAACCAAUCCUUUUUACAUCUCUUAUUUUCUCCUGUCAUGGAACAGUUUUGUGAGUGACAGUUUCCUAAGGGUCCGUCCAUCCACCCUCCAAUGGCAUCGUGUCUCAUACAUAUCAUUGCUCAAGACUUUAGUGAUAUCCUUUCUAGAUGCCAAUGAUCUUUUCCCAGAAGACUUCCCAAGUACAGUAUGUAGUAGUUUUUGAUUACAAAUGCUGACGUGUACCUUUAUUUUUCGGUUGUCAUUGUUGGGAGAUUUGUCCUUUUACAUUGUUUUGUUAACAUCAGUUUGUGAGUUUGGGGUUGGAAAUUUUCGGUUGGUUGGGGGUUUGGUUUUUUUAAUGAAAAAGAAAUGACAUCUCCAAGCAUCAUAUCAUCCAAGAACUUGAAUCCCUUCCCUGUGGAAGGAAAAAUUGCAGCUUAUUGACCAUAUGUCAGGAGAAAAAGGUUUUUUAUAUGCACAUUUCCUCCUGUUUGCUUAUUUGUUCUUUCCAAUUGGUCGUGGCACGACAGAUGUUUGUGGCUCUUGAGGUUCCAGGUGUUUGCCAAAGUGAAAUGGCCACCAGCUCAACUUGAGGGUGAGCAGCAUCACAGGGGGAUUGGGAGGGAAAUGUGGGAGGGUGGAGGAGUUUUGUGAGAGAAUGAUGACUCCACAGGUGGCUUCAGAGCCCUUUGGAAGUGUCUGGCUGCUGAGAAAGGUGUUGGAUUGGUGCAUGGGAAAGGCAGGGCAAGCCCAGUCCUCUCAGAGGAGCUCGUGGCACAGCAUUUUGGAGAGGGGAUUGUGUUAUCUCCAGGUGGGGAUGGGUCCCUGCAGGUGCCAGGCUGUGCAGGUGGGCUCUGUGCCUUGCGGACCCUGUCCCUUUGUUGGGUGAUGCAGCUUCAGGCUCAGCCCCUCAUGUCAAAGAGAGCCUGGGACAGCAAAAACUCCAAUCCCAGCUCUCCAGAGGCAAAAUGCUGUGGGUGAAGCUGAAGAAUCAAUCAAUGUGUUUGUAAAUAACUGAAAAAAAUCCUUUAGUUACUGACCAGGUCUUUGGGAUGUGUGAAUGCCACCAGCUGAACGCAGGGAGGUGCAGAUGAGAAUCGUAUCGUUCUCUGUGCCCAACACCACCUUGCAGCCUCUGAAGCAUUCAACACGUGGCAUUUUCCCACCCAUCUCCUGGGCAUGGCCUCAGGACUGGUGUUUACAAGCCCUUGUCUGCCAUUGCAUGUCAUUCCUGGGCUCCUCCUCUUGUUUUUGGCAGCAAGGAGUGUUGAAGGCACGUUCACUGGGAGCUGCCUGGCUGUAUUUUCCAGGAGCUGAAUCCAAGAGGAAGUGUGUCUGCUGUGCAUGAAAAUCCCAGCUGUCUAGACCUCUGUGGCCAGACAUCAUCUCCCAGACUGCUUGUAAAAUAUGAGGCCCUUUAUGAAAUACUUCUAGCAUUUUCUGCUGCCAGAGUAGAUCCAACAACAAAGCCCUUGCAAGUGGCAUCAGAGCAGCCCCUACAAGUGAGACUUCUCUCCUGAGCUCUUGCCCUGUCCCAGGGUUAGGUGCUCCAGCAGCAGGGACUUUUCAAUUGUCCCUCCAGCCACUGUUAAUCCAAAAUCUCUAGUGCAGUGUUGUGUUUGUGUUUGCAUCCAGCCCAGCCCUGGGUUUGCAGCUCUGGGCUUGCCUGUAGUGAUGGGAACCUGGCAGGAGGUGUGUGCUGGGUGCCAGGGUCCUGUCCUGAGCUCAGUGCCCACAGGGUAUCCCCUGGGACAGCCCCAGCAUCUCCCUGCAUGGCUGGCAGCUGGCACAGAGUGGUGUGGAGCGAGGGGCAGUGGGCUGUAGGCAUGGACUGUGCAGGUGGUACCUGGAUGGGCAGCUCUGCCCCAAAUCCAGCCUGGUUUAGCCUGUGUAUCCAAAGGGAUACUUGGAAUGCCUUUGUAUCCAAAAAGUACUUGCUCCUGGUCAGGUGAUGGGCUCAGCUUUGAAAGGACAUAAAAAGUCACUGGAGUUGACUUAACCACAGGAAGUGUUUGCAGAGGGCACACAGGGAAACCAGGAGCUCCAGGGUGUGCCCAGUCCCAGUGUGGUGUGGGAGCCUCCCCUGGUGUGUCUGUCCCACAUUGUGGCUGCUGUGCUUUGACAAGGAGCAGUUGUCACUGUGCCCCAAAGGCAUGUGAAGCUCUCUGAGGCAGUGCAGGGUGAGGGCAGGAUGGUGCUGUACCAAUGUCCAGCCACAGCCAGGAGUGACCUCGUGCCCCAGAGCUCUGCCAGGAGAGCUCUGCCUACAAAACUCACCAGCAGAUUCCUGUGGGGCAGCCAUGUGGAAGGAGCACAUGAUGCCCCUCAGUUGUCCUCCCCAGACAAUUCCUGACUGUUCUCUGCCACCCCCUACAUUCCUGCAGACACUAAGGAGGAGCAAUGCCCAGACAGCAUCCCUACAGAGCCACUCAGGCCUUGGAAGGGCACUUCAGGUCUUCUUCAUUUGGAGACAUUUUGUCUCAAUGCACUGAAUCUCCUUGCUGGCUGCUUCAGACACAUCUACCUGCCAGACCCAGCCCACUGUGAAGGACAGGUCCCAAUGCCACAGCCCCCAGAGCUGAGGCAGCCAUCUGCAGGACUGAGAAAGCAGAUUCUUGUCUCUUCUUCUGACCAAAAAUCACAUGGUGGUGAUGGUGGUGGUACUAAAAGUAACACCUUCCCAUCUGUUUGUACCAGACACAGCUGUGAUAUCUGUGUUUGGCUGUGUAGGACUAAUGGAGAGCUGGGCCAAAAUAGGCAUGGUCCAGAAAACCCUGCAGUUUUCUGCAUCCUUCAGCUCUCCUGGGUGCACGAGGAACUGAGUUCCUGUCAAGUGCUUUGGUUGUAAACGCCUCUGGCACAUGCUGCAGAAUGAGGGCAGAGGCACUGGAGUGACAAUAACGUAUUUAUUUCAUGUGUCUUCACUGUACUGCUACAACAUGGGAGUCUGAUGGAAAACUCAGCGUGUUCCAAGGGGAAAAGGGGAAAAGGCACUUGCUAACAUUGACACUGUGAAUUGCUGUUGUGCAUGUGCAUGUGUGCAUGUGUGGGUACGUAUCAAAAAUCAUCACAUGGAGAUUUGCAGGCAGCUUGUUGCAAUUUUCACAUUUCCCCUGUACCUUUCAAGCUACCUCCCAGCCCUUCCCUGCUCCCCUUCCCAUUUCCUGCUGAGGAUCAGCCUGUGGAUGACAUUCAAUGGGAAUGCUGAGCAGCUUGGAAUUUCUCAGUUGGUUGGACAGUGAUAAGUUCAAAUCUUGCAGAGCAUCCCCAGGCAGAGCAGAGGAAGAAAAGCAUAUGUGGACAGUAAAAAGUUAAAAUCUGUUUUGUGGGUCAUUUCCAGCUGUUGCCACCAGCCCAUUUGCUGGAAUUACAGCCCAGGGUUGUGAGGAAGAGAGGAAAAACAGCCCUGUAAGACACAGCAGUGCCAUGAGGAAUCACUUGUCCUAGUGGCUGUGGGGACAGGCAACAGGGCACUGUGAGCUGCACAUCCCCUCCCUAAAGGAUCUGCUCUCCUCCCCAGUAAACCCUCAGAACUGCCUUUCAUGAAUUAGUGGGGAUUUGUGCUUUCAGCAGCUGAGGAGCUUCUCCUCUCCAUAACAUCCUCACUGCCAAGCAGCAGCUUCCACCCAUGCUGGGCUUCCAUGUGGCCAGAUAAACGUUGCUGUCCCAGGGUUCCCCACUGCUGCAGGGUUCCUUUAGUGCUCUAAUCCCAGGGUGGAAUGAGAUCCAUCCCAUGGCUCUACUGCAGUGGUACAGCUGGGUCAGCUCAUGGUGAAGGAGAGCCAUGUGCAGGGCAGGGGCUGGAGGACCUGGGGACGCAGCAGAGCUUCAUCCUUGCCUUGCAAGAUCAGCCACACAGGGAGUGCUGGCUCCUGUGAGCCCUUUCCCCAAACCAGGAUCCUGCUCUCUGCACUGGCUGUUGAGCACUACCCAGAGCAGCUCCCUCCUGGCCUGAGCUGAGCUGAGGGACCUUCAUCAGCAUCAGCUGCUGGCAGCACUACAGGGUUUUUCCCACACUCCCUGAAGCUGUUCUUGGAAUCUGGGUUGAAGGAAAGGUUCUUUCCCAGGAAUCAUCACCCAGGCUGUGGAUUAGAAGUGGCCUGUAGAGAGAACCUCGUGGAGGGUUUGAGCAGCUGAGGAAACUUCUUGUUCUAUUUGCCAGGCUGAUUUAUAUGAAUCCUGGAGUCAGGGCUUGAACUCUGCUGCAUCGUUAACAGUUGUAUCCUCUGAUGAUGCAAUAAAUCUGGGACUGCCUUGGAUGUACAACAGAGUCCUGGAAGUGUCACUGCUGUCUGGUUUGGUUUAGUGGAGUUUAUUGUUUUAAUGUAAAUCAUCUUCUUUCCUGCAUGUCUAACUCGAGGCUGAUUUAAUGUAGGUCUUUUUCCAUCCUCAAAAAUGUUACGUAUUUGCAAGUUCUUCACAUACAGGAUUCAACUUUUUUAUCUGCUGUCAUGUUUUGGCUUUUUUUAUUUAAACUUGUUCAGGACAUCUUUGCUUGUAAUUCUUUGCCCUUCCCAGGACACAACCUUGGCCUGUGUUCGCUUCCAUAUGUGUUCCAAUCUUCCACUGCUCUCCUAGAAAACUCCCUGCACUCUCCAAAUAUUUUCUGGAAUUUACCUCCUUGCUGUCCCUGUGUAAACUCCUGCCAACUCCACUGACAAAUGUUAUUUGCAGAAAUUUGGGACUGAAAGCAAGAAGUUCUCUCUCCCCACAAAUCUUUUCCUGAAUCUGCAUUCCUGCUGUCUUAAAACCUAUUCCGCAGUAUCUCUCCCUUUUUUUCUCCUUUUUAAAUUCUGCGAGAAAUUCCUCUGUGAGCUCUGCAGGAGUGCAGCAGCAGUGCCACUGUGUCUCCCUGUCUGAUUCCUUGGGACAUCCCAGUGCCCCCAUUGCCAGCCCUGCAAACAAACCACACUCAGCCUCACGUGCCUCAUUUUUUGUCAGGAACUCUGUUUUUGCCUUCAUGAAGAAAAGAACAACAAACACUUGGUUGAUUUCCAGCUCUUUUGUUUCAGUAAACUUCAGGAAUUCUUCAUUUGCCUCAACUGUAGCUUCAGCUUCUACCUCUGGGGUCGGUCUGGAGCCCUUGCACAGCUGUCGUGCCAUAUCCUUUGGUUAUUCCAACUAAGUCUGGGAGGGAAGGAAUAAAUUUGGUCUGUAAGAGCCAAACAGCUGUGUUAUGAAAAACUAAUGGAAGGGGUUCAAGGAGGAUUCCUGCUUAUGGCAGGGAGUUGGAACAAGAUGAUAUUUAAGGUCCUUUCCAACCCAAACCAUCCCAGGAUUCCACAAGAGCUGGGGGAAGUGUGUUACUCUACCUGAGGGUGAAGCUGGCAGUCAGAUUCCCCCUUUUCCCCACAUUGCCUUUGGUCUGCACUUCCAGCUCACUGACUCCAGGCUGAGUGGGCUGGGUUGGAAGAUGGAGGUUGCUAAAAUCACCAGUCUGGGACAGAUGGUGUGGCAAACCCACAGCCUGGCUUGGCCUUUGCUGGUGGAGAAUAAAUGUGAAAUCUCUGAUUGCCAUCAGAUAUUGGCAUUCAGGAGCCUUCACACAAGGUCACGUGCCAGUGAAUUUUUGAUGUGCUGGCUCUGCAAAUGCUGGAGAUGCUUUUGUUCUCCUUCACUCAAAAGGGAUACACUGAAAUGAAGAAAUAAAUAUACAGAUAGGUGCAGCCAGAUCAGGGCUUCUGUAACAGCCAGAAGUCUGUGGGAAGUAUAAAAGAUAAAUAGAUUUUGAUUCUUGGUUUUGGCAGAGGUAAACCACAAUGAUAAAAAUUUCAUGCCCUUAAAUCAGAAAGGAUGUGAGAAAGGUGAGAAAGCAGCAGUCACUGUUUCUGACAGUAACAGCUUGAGGGCAAGGAAAGCAGAAUAUUCCUUGGUACAGAGCACAGUGGUUGGAGGGUGGAAUUCAUGGCUGGAACAUGGAUAGCCAGCACUGGAUGGAUUGAUAGGAAAAGGAGAGAUGACUUUAAGCUAAAGGAGGAUAAGUUUAGAUGGGAGUUUAGGGAGAAAUUCUUCCCUGUGAGAGAGGGGAGGCCCCAGCACAGAUUGCCCAGAGAAGCUGUGGCUGCCCCUGGAUCCCUGGCAGUGUCCAGUGCCAGGCUGGAUGGGACUUGGAACAACCUGGGAUAGUGGAAGAUGUCCCUGCUCAUGGCAGGGGAUAGGACUGGGUGAGUUUUGAGGUCCUUUCCAACCCAACACAUUCUGGGAUUCAAAAGGUGACUGGACAAACUUUUAAAAGACUAAUCUUGACACAAAAAUACCUCUUCCAGUUUCUCUGGGUCAUGGAUGCCUGGGGGAACAGGGUAUAUAACAGGAUUCCUGCAGAAAUUCUUUUAUUCUAUUGUAUUCUUGGGACUGACACAUUCUACAUCUCUUAAAAGCCCAAACACUCCAUCAAGCAUCAUUGAUUUUCCAUUUUCACUCUUUCUGGGGAAGGAUUUCUGUGUGGAGCCAGAGGGCUUCCCAUGUCAAAAGAAACCACUUGCUUCCUCCUCCCAAUUUCUUCUGUAUCCCAAGGCAUCCCUGGGGCUCAGAGGUGCAGUGGGAGAUCAGUGCCUCGAACAACUGGAAAAGCACAAAAAGAGAGAUUGACUGAGUGAUCUAUCAUGUGUUGGAUGUAGAAGCUCUCUGUGGAAGCAUUCUUACCUCAAACCUUCUUUCAUGACCCAGAGAACCGUAGGAGUGCUGGGUAUGAGAGAUCCCUGUCCUUGCCCUCCUCUGCUCUAGAGAGGUUUCUGACAGUGAGAUUUGUCCCUCUGCAUUGGCUGGCUCAGCCUUGUGACCUGCUGGUUGGUUGGCAAUCUGAGCACGAGUCCAAAUGCAUGUGUCAGAGCUUCCUAAAGGGUUAAAAUGCAGGAAAAGAGACUGGGACAAGCUUCUAAAAUGGGCAAAAAGCUCUUGGUGCAAUGGAGGAACUCAGGGCUGGGCUGGAAGAGUACAGGGAAAUCCCAGAGGGGCCCCAGAGCAGGCACUGAGUGUUGAGGGCUCCAGGACAAGAUCCAGGCAGGGAUUAAAUGCAAGGUUUGGUUUUGAGUGCUGGCACGGCUCUGAAGAUGAAUUUGUUCUUUAUGUCCUGGGGUCAACUUAGAUCCAGACAUUAAAAAGACAUUAAAACCCUUUAUUGCUUGGUCUGCCUUGAUGGCACGAGUGAAAAGGUCUUUGGCACAGGCAGGGAUUUUUGUCCCUCUGCAGAGCAGCCCAGGAAUGUGGGAGAAGGGCCAGGCUGGAGCUGAAGGGUCCCUGACUGCAUUCCUGGCCCUUGCAGACCCUUGUGAGCUGAAGGGGACCAGGGAAGGGGCAGGUUGGUGCACCAGUGCUUCUUGCUUGGCCCCACCUGGGCUCUGGUCUCCAGGAGGAAUGGAUGGGUUUAUGAGCUCUCUGAUGGUUCUUUUUUCCUCUAAAAGUCCCAGCUUCUGAGUCUAGGAUCCCAGGAGCAUUGGGAUCAUAGGAAUAUCCCAGCUUUUAGUGAAGGACAGUCCAGUCCUCAUGUGAGGUGGCCAAGGUUCAGGGCUGUGGGUUUCAUGUUGGCCAUUCUCAGAAGUACAGAGAAAUAAAGUUCAGAUUGCAGGAGUUCCCAAAAUCCUCCAGGGUUCUGAAGUGAGAACAUGCUCAGGGUGAGGCUGUCAGGUGUGGCUGGAUCCCUCAGGUCUGUAGAAGCACUGACCAUCCAUCCUGCAAGCUCCAGAGUUUUCUUUCAAGCUGUUCAGCAGUGGAGGCAAGUGAAACAGCCCAGCUCCCCCUGCCCAGGAUCAGCCAUGGGCAGAGGGACAGGCAAGUGUGGUCAUUCCUGUCCCAUCCAACAGUGGGAUCUGAGCAGUGAAAAGCCUGGUUUGAGCAGGGAAGGAAGGAAAGCCUCCUUGGAGGGUGAGGGAGUUGUAGACACUAAGCAGGAGCUGCAAGUCUGUGGAUGCCCUGACAAGAAGAACAAUCCCUGUGGGUGUCAUCCUGAAUCCCCCAUUUCUCCUGCCUGGGUCCUGGCUUUGCUUCACACCUCUUCACGAUGAUCCUCCAAGACCCCACAUCACAUCCCCUGCCAUCCUGCUAGAGAUGGAGGGGGAGAAAUAAAGGAUCAGAGAUGGGGGCUUGCAUCUGCUUCUUCUUUUGUGAAUCCACAGCCCCUGCACUGGAGAUUUCUGUUGGGUGCCCUCCUCCAGCAACUUCUCCAUUCACUUUUCAGGCGGUGACUGUUGCACUUUUUUCUUUGUCAUUUCUUGUCCUCCACCUUCAGCUCUCUCUCUCUGCUGCUUCUCUGCCCUCUGUCCUCUCCCCAGUAUGGAAGGGCUGCAUGGUUUGUUCAGGUUUGGCCAAGGCCAGGGAUUCUCUUCCUUGAAGCUGGCUCAGCAGGUCUCUGCAGGGAACCUCUGCUUAGCUACAUCUCUCCCCAUUAAAAAAUCCCCCCUUUGCCUCCCUUUCUUUCUGGAAACAUCCACCUGACAUCAUAGAUCUUCCUGGGUAAAGCAGUAGAAGGUUGUGUGAAAGCAGGUCUGGUGUGUCAGGAUCCCUGGCCAGUGUUCCCUGGGGCAUUCAGGGGAGAGGCUCCAGCCCUGCCUCUUGCCACAGGAGAUGGAGCACAUCCAUCAGUGCUUGAACACAAUUUGUAUUUCCAGGUUUGCUUUGGAAGGGCUUUGCUGAUCUUCUGUCACUCCCUGCCAUGCUGUUUGGAUUGGUGGGAGCUCAGUCCACCCAGGGAGUGCUUUGAGGCCCUGGUUUAAGUUUUGGCCCUGGUUUAAGUUCCAGCCCCUGAAGCCAGAGCUGAGGAGUCCCAGUUCUUGCUGGAUAAAUGAGCCAGGUGCUUCCAAGCACAUCCCAAAUAAAGGCAUGACCCUUCUCACUUCCCCAGGCUGUGGUCUGAGAGCACUGGGGAGCAGGAAACAGGAGUUUGGGAGCUCAGAGAUCUCCUCUCAGGAUGAGCUGGCACAGAUAUCCAAACCUCCUUCCUGUGCCAACAUCUACCCAUGGGCUUCUGAGGAACUGAAGAGCCAAGGUAGCUGUCCAUGCUCCCAUUCCAGAAGACUCCUUGCAGGGAAGAUCUUUUCCUAGCUCAGAUACCAAAUCCCAAGGAGGUCCCAGAGGGAAGGGAGGGGUGACAGUAAGGUGGCAGGUGGCAGUGAGGUACUGGAGGAGAUGUGGCAGGGAAUUCUCUUGUCCAUCAGGGCAUUAGAUCCUGUGAUCUGCUCAUGGGGUCCUCCCAUAGGACAUGAUGUGGCAGCAUUUGUUGGAAAAUGUCCUUCCCAGGAAGGUUUGUGGGAGAGCUGCUGAUGGCACUGGAAGGUUUGCUGGGAGAGGAGCCUUUGCCAGGCUCUGACCUCGUGGCCACGGGUCUGGAAGUAAUUGCAGAGUGGGAUGGGAAAAUGGGGUGAGUCCUUCAGCCACCCAAAGGCAAGGGUGUCAGCACUGUAUCCUGUCCUCCCCUGCCACCAGUGCCAGGAUCCAUCAGCUGGGCUCCACGGUGUCCCCAGCCCUGACUUCCUGCUCUUUCUGUGUGUUGGCCGUGACCCUGAGGACAACAGAACACUUUUCAUGACAGUAUUUGUAUUUUUUUAAUUGUGAAUGGGGAGAUCAUGUGCAGGUCCUUGUUACACAGGGAUGUGUCUUCCAUUCAGCCCAGGGCUUCCCUGGCUUUGUCAGAUGUCUUUCGAUGUUACUGAGAAGAAAUAAAUAAAUAAAUAAAUAAAUCAGAUGUAUUUAUAAAGGAAACAGAAACCUGCUGCUCCAAUGCCUUUGUAGGAGUAUUUUUAACAAAACAUUUUUUCAAAAUAAAUGUGAAUUGUAAAGUUUGAA